CUUUUACAUCUCUCUACCUCCUCAUCACCUUUCAGCACCAUCGCGUGUCGAACAUCAGUAUUCCUAUCCGCAAACCUAUUCAUCAUGGAUCUCGUCAUUUAUUACAAUGACAGCAUUGACUCAGACAACUUGGCCGCGGCUAGUGCCUUAUUCAACGCCACAUACCAGAGAUCAAAUACCCGCGUUCUUUGGAUUCUAGAGCCUCGCCAGGUCCGCUUCGGACUAUCUAUGGCAAAGGCUGACAUGGACAGGUGCAAAGAUUUAAUAUCUCAGUACUUUCCAUCCCAGAAAGACCUUUCCAAAUGCCUUUUGAACGGAUCUCUCAAGAAGGAAGACAUUGAUGUUAUUCCAGAUCUGACGCUCGGCGACCGUGAGAUUCUUGAGAAGGCAGUAAAGGCCAAGUACGGCCCAGUCGAAGAUGCUGUAUUGCAUGCACGUCUAAGUGCACUCGACCUGGCAUCCUGUCUUGCCGAGUGGUCCAACAAUGGCCAGAAUGAAGUUCUCGUGGACUAUGAGUCUUUGUCAGACGUCGAAAACCCAGUGAAUCUUCACAUGCAUCACCAUGAAGAACUUCCCAGCCGGAGCGCACAAGAAGUAAGGGCAUACAACAGCAUCCUGGGAGAAGUGGGUGAUUCCGACAGUCGAGCCGUUAAGAUGCGGGACUGGUAUGACAUGUGUAUCAGGCGACUUGAGCACAACACAUGCACCUCAAAUACAACUGUGGAACCACUUGUUCUGGGCAAUCUCGUAAGUCAGAUUCAGAAUGCAAAAAGCGUUCGAUUCUUCGGGGGUUCCUCGUUGAGGAUCCUACGCCAGUUUCUCGAUAGAGGUGUAGGCAAUAGGGUGAGGUGCCACUUACAGGUGGGUACCUGCGACAUAUCAGCGAAUCGUUUCUCUGAUCAAUUCAAUAUCGCCCUCAACCAACAAGCAGCCAAGAUCGUUCUCAGCCGACAUGCAGAGUUCGCAGAAUUCACCGUCGUACCUUCGCAUACAGUGCAAAGCAUAGAAUACUCAGCCCUGGGCCUGAAGCAUGCGGGAGGUCAGUGUAUGGAGAAGCGGAUUCUUGGUUUCAACUGCCACCAAGAACCAGUCAAGAUUGUCACAAACCAGGUAUCGAUAGAAGGACAAUAUUCGGACAAAUUCUUCCCUAUGCCAGACUUGACAUCAUUCUUAUGUGCCCUUGUUCCGGGGAACAUGGGCGCGAGGCAGGGUCAUAUCAAGAUCGACGAACAAGAGAGUGGUACACUUCUGUUCGUGCCAUCCCACGAGGGAAUUCCUAUGUUUGACCUGGACGGAGUCAGGCAGUUAGACAUGUCCCAUGUCAAGGAUAUUUUUCAUUCAUUAACAAAGGGCGAAGUAUUGCUAUGAUGGAAACGAGCUUUGACACCCAGCAGAGUAUUAGAGGGCAGGUCAUACCUUUGAUAGCUCCGUUUGCAUAUGAGCACAAUCCUCAGUUAAUGGAG